GCAGCGCCGAGCGGCGGCGGCACACGCAGCCGCCCGCGGAGUGAGGGAGGCAGCGACCGAGCGGGCGGGCGGACGGCGGCCGCGGGAGAUGUGCCCGGAGGAGGACGGCGGCUGCGGCGGAGGCGGCGGCGGCGGCGGCAGCGUAGCCGGCACCGGCGGCCCCGAGGCGGCGGCGCUGGACGAGCUCCGCUCCUGGUGGGAAGUCCCGGCCAUCGCGCACUUUUGCUCGCUCUUCCGCACCGCCUUCCGCCUGCCGGACUUCGAGAUCGAGGAACUGGAAGCUGCUCUUCACGGGGAUGAUGUGGAGUUCAUCAGCGACCUGAUCGCUUGCCUUCUUCAAGGUUGCUAUCAGCGCAGAGACAUCACAUCCCAGACGUUUCACAGCUACCUGGAGGACAUCAUCAACUACCGCUGGGAGCUGGAGGAAGGGAAGCCCAACCCUCUGAGGGAGUGCACUUUCCAGGAGCUGCCCCUGCGCACGCGGGUGGAGAUCCUGCACCGCCUCUGUGACUACCGCCUCGACGCGGACGAUGUCUUCGACCUCCUCAAGGGCUUGGACGCCGACAGCCUCCGCGUGGAGCCGCUGGGCGAGGACAGCAGCGGUGCCCUGUACUGGUACUUCUACGGCACCAGGAUGUACAAGGAGGACCCGGUGCAGGGCAAAACCAACGGGGAGCUGGCUGCAGACAGGGGAUGUGGGGGGCAGACAAACACCCCAAAUGUUCCUGGGAAAACGGGCAAGAGACGAGGGCGACCUCCAAAGCGGAAAAAACUACUGGAGGAAAAUUUGCUGAGGGAGAAGGCAGAAGAAAGCUUGCUUAUCCACGAGACUCAGAUAAGAAAUGGGUCCCAAGGGCCUGGCCGUGGGACAUGGUGGUUGCUGUGCCAGACGGAAGAGGAGUGGAGGCAGGUCACAGAGAGCUUCAGAGAGAGGACUUCCCUUAGAGAGAGGCAGCUCUACAAACUCUUGAGUGAAGACUUCCUGCCGGAGAUCUGCAACAUGAUUGCACAGAAGGAGAAGCGUCUGCAGCGGACAGAGUUUUCUCCCAGGUGGAUGUCUGACCAUCAGCCCAUCAAACCAAUCAAGCAGGAGGUAAACCCGAAUGUGCUGAGCUCAAUGGAGAAGCAGAGGCGCAGAGAGGAAGAGGAGGAGCGCCAGAUCCUUAUAGCAGUGCAGAAGAGGGAGCAGGAACAGCUGCUAAAGGAGGAGAGGAAGAGGGAGAUGGAGGAGAAGGUCAAAGCAGUGGAAGAACGGGCCAGGAGGAGGAAACUUCGUGAAGAGCGGGCCUGGCUGCUGGCACAGGGGAAGGAGCUCCCCCCUGAGCUUUCCCACUUGGAUCCCAGUUCCCCUGGCAGGGAAGAGCGAAGGACCAAGGACAUCUUUGAACUGGACGAUGAGUUCACAGCCAUGUACAAAGUUCUAGAUGUGGUGAAGGCUCACAAGGACUCCUGGCCCUUCUUGGAGCCCGUUGACGAAUCGUAUGCUCCCAACUAUUACCAGAUCAUAAAGGCCCCCAUGGAUAUCUCUAGCAUGGAGAAGAAGUUGAAUGGAGGUCAGUACUGCACCAAGGAUGAAUUUGUGGGUGAUAUGAAGACCAUGUUCAGGAACUGUCUUAAGUACAACGGUGAAGGCAGUGAGUAUACAAAGAUGGCUUACAACUUGGAGAGGUGUUUCCACCGUGCAAUGAUGAAGCACUUCCCUGGGGAAGAUGGAGACACAGAUGAGGAGUUUUGGAUCAGAGAGGACGGGAGACGAGAGAAGAGGAGCCGGCGGACGGGCCGCUCCAGCACAGGCAGCGUCUGGACUCGGUCACGGGACCCAGACGGGCAUGGCAAGAGACAGCAACGCCUGGAAAACGGAGGCAAACCUCCACCAUAUCGAGCUGCUUCCAGGGCUCCCGCUUCUUCCUCCUCUUCCUCUUCCUCCUCCUUCUCCUCGUCCUCUGUGGAUGACCCAAGUGGCAACGCAAUGCAGAGUGCUCGAGAAGUGGGCCCUUCCAACGGGCGAGGCUUCCCCCGCUCCCUGCAGUAUGGAGGCAUGCCCAGCCCUGUGCCACAUCCUGGGCAGAUGAGACCAGCGGUGCCGGGAACCUUUGGCCCUUUGCAUGGAUCCGAUCCCACAAAACUGUACGGCUCUCCGCGAGUGCCCGAGCCCCAUCCCGGAGACCCGGUCCAGCAGCACCAGCACUUUGCCAUGCAGCCGGCCGUGGGACUGAGCGAGCACCGCGGGCACCGGCUGGGCACUCCGGAGAAGCAGCCGUGCGCGGCGCCGGCCCACGUGGCCGGGCUGGGCCCCCGCCUGGGCUCCCUGCAGCUGGGGCGCGUGGGGGGCCCCCCGCCCGACGCCGUCUACCCGCCGGCCCAGUUCCAGCAGGGCUUCCUCCCGCCGCGGCACAACGGGCCCGCGGUGAAGGCGCCGGAGGGCUCGGAGGUGCCCCCGGGACACAUGUACCGGCCCUACAAGUACCUGAACCGCGCGCAUCCGGCCCUGUGGAACGGCAGCCACGGCCAGGCCGCCGUGGGGCCGGAGGAGAAGGCGCCCAUGGGGCCGGGGCCCUCGCUCCAGCCCCGGGUCCUGGGUCAUAUGAUGGACCCGCGGGCCAUGAGGCCGCCGCUGCCUCCCAGCCAGUGGAGCGAGCAAUCAAAUUUCCUACCUCACGGGGUGCCUCCCUCAGGGUACAUCCGGCCGCCUGGGAAGGGCGCGGGUCAGAGGAUGCCGCAGCCGCCGGCCGCUCUCUUUGGGGGGCCGCCUCAGGUUCAGAGAGGGUGCCAGGGCGGGGACUCCAUGCUGGACAGCCCGGAGAUGAUCGCCAUGCAGCAGCUGUCGUCCCGCGUGUGCCCGCCGGGUGUGCCUUACCACCCUCGCCAGCCGCCCCCGCCGCACCUCCCCGGGCCCUUUCCCCAGCUGGCUCACGCCGCCUCGGCCGGCGGCCAGCCCCCAAAAGCCAUGGGAAACGGGAGCUCCCAGGAGCCAGCCAGCCACGCCAUGGACAUGGACAGCAACCAAGUGGACGCGCUGGCAGGCAUGGACGAGAAGGCUCAGUGCAUCAGCAUUCCCGACGGGCCCUACGCCAAACUCCUACCUCAUCCCAAGCCCCCGCUGCCCAUGGAGUGCACGAGGCGCGCCUUGCCCCCGGAUGGGGAGGGGGAUGGCCCCGCCGGGAAGGGCGACCUGAAGGCAGGGCAGGGCAAAGGCGCGUGGUCAGCAGAGAGCGGCUACGCCGGCGACCCCGGCUGCGUGAGGGACCUGGUGCCCGCCUCCGAAAGGGGGGGUCCCCUGCCUCAGAACGGGGCGGCGGGCGAGGGGCCGGCAGCCGGCCCCGAGGGGAAGGGGCUGGCUGCCAACCUGCUGGAGAAGCCCCUCUGCGGUGGGGGCAAGGCCCUGCCCGAAGCAGCCGUGCCUUGCAUGGGACAGGGCAGCGGCCUCCCUGGCGUGGAUGCCACCUCCAUGGGGGCCACCCCCAACCAGUUUCAUCCUCUCUACAUGUCCAGUCUGGAAUACCCGAAUUCAGCCGGGCGGUACCACAUCAACCCAGGCCUGCAGGGGUUCAGCCCCGUGAUGGGGGGGAAGCCACCUCCUCCUGCCUCCCAUCCCCAGCAUUUUCCCCCGCGGGGUUUCCAGCCGAGCAGCGCCCACCCCGGCGUCUUCCCACGGUACCGGCCGCCCCAGGGAAUGCCGUAUCCCUACCAGCCACAGCCCCAGCCUUCCUACCACCACUACCAGCGACCGCCCUACUACGGCUGCCCGCAGGGCUACUCGGACUGGCAGAGACCUCUCCACGCCCAGGCCAGCCCCAGCGGGCACCCCGGUGCCCACCCGUCCCUGGCCAGGCCCCCUUUCCCAGAGCGGGGCUCGGCCGGCCUGCAGGGCUGCGAGGCGCUGAGCGCCGCCCUGGCCUCUCCCAGCCGCGUGGACGGAGCAAGUGCCAAAGAGGUUUCUCCAAGCGACGGGCAGGAGCUGGGCCCUGAAGAUGAGAAGUCCGAGGAGUCCCAGGAAAGGCCGGAGAGUCCCAAAGAGUUUCUUGAUUUGGACAACCACAAUGCAGCCGCUAAGAGGCAGAGCUCGGUGGCAGCGGGGGAGUUCCUCUACGGGGCCCCCCCGCCACACCUGGGCGCGGGGAUGGGAUUCGGCCCCUCAGCUUUCCCUCCCCAUGGGGUGAUGCUACAGACUGGCUCUCCUUAUGGAUCCCGGCAUCCUGCCAGCCACUUCCAGCCCAGGACGUACGGAUCGCCCAUGAAUGCUCACCUGUCUCAUCACCCAGCCUCCAGCCAGGCCAAUGGCCUCUCUCAGGAGGGCCCCCUGUACCGCUGCCGAGAGGAGAACGUGGGUCACUUUCAGGCCUUGCUGAUGGAUCAGAGAGGCAGUGGAGGUGGCAUGGGGGGACCACCCCAGGACUUGUAUAGACCCUCGGGAAUGCAAAUGCAUCAGGCUCAAGUUCCUUUCCCGAAGAUGCCUACAGCAACCAUGUCCCGGGAUGAUUUGACACCACAAAAACCAUCAGCGUUGCCUCUGGAUCAAAGCUAGUCCAAGAAAGGACAGACUUCACCAAGACGAAAGCCACACAGGAUUAGGAACACGGAGAGGAGGGGCAGGCCUUGCUCCCAGCCUCCCCUCGCCCGAGCAGCACGGAGCUUCCCGGGUCUGCGGAACGCGGCGCCGGGCCGGAUUUUGGGCUGGAGACCCGCGGAGGUGCUGGGCCCCAGCCAGCCGAGAGCUGGCUCACCACACAGGGCACCCCAAACUAGUGGCUUUCUGUGACCGGAGACUGCGUCUCAUUCAGGGUUUGAGGGAAUUUUCGGGUGGGGAGGGCGAGGGUGGGGGUGGAAACUUUCAUUGACUGCUAAACUCAGGUAUAUUUUUCAGGGUGGAAGAGGACGAUGAUGGAAUUUUACUUGUAGUAUUAACGUGUGUGUUUUGGACCUGGAUCCAGUUUACAGAAUUUAACCUGUUGCCUUUCUAAAUAAAUUUCUGUUGUUGGUGAA